GGUGCAAUUUACACUGCCACCGCUGACGUCACUGUCUCUAAAGUAACGUUUGAAAAUGGCGGCUAUCUAAGCUAAUUUUAGCGAGUGUCAAGAGCCCGAAGUAUUUCAAAGGACAAAACUUCAUUUGUUAUUCAAGCAACAGUUGAGCUUGACAGAUUGUCUUCGUCAUGGAUAAUACCAUCGCUAGCACAAGCACAACGGACUUCGUGAAUGCAAAACAGACAACAGAGGCUACACUCAUAGACACAGAAGAAGCCAGAAAAUAUGGCAUUGAUAUGCCCACCGAAGAAGAAUUUAUAUAUGAGCCACUGCAGAGAGAUGACACAUUGCCAGAUCUUCACAAUCUCCUGCAGACACUGGAGGAUGGAGAGACAAACCUUGAAAGUGUCAGACAGCCACCAUCCCUCUUUACACAACCAGAACAUAUUCCAAAUUAUGAAAGGAUUUCUGAGCUGCGGCUUGAAAUUGAGCAAGAAGAAGUGGCUGCUUACCUGGCAGAUUUUGAGGCUGCAGUGGCUGAGGAUGUGGUGAUGCUGGGAAGCAUUUCUCUGGAGGAAGUACAGGAGGAGGAGAAGCGACUGAGAGAUGAGCAUGUGGCCUACCUACAACAAGAGGCUGUUGCUAAGCGACAAAGGCUUCAAGAACUGCUCCAGCGGGAAGAGGAGGUCAAACUUCGAGUGGCGCAGUUUGUCAAGGACAAGCGCAAAGAAAUUGCUAACAGGGAGGAACUGCUUAAGCAGCGAGAGAAGUUACUGAUGGAGCGUCUCCAUCGUGGAUUUCGAAAGGCCGAGAGUCAGCUUAUUUCAGUUGUUGAGGACAGGAAAGGAGAAGUUAAGACUUUCUUUGGGGACCUUAUGACAUCUGAGGGACAGUAUGGAGGUGUCAGGGGUCGGAGAUGGAAGGUUGAUUGGAACAAAACACCCCAGCCUAUUCAAAUUAAAGUCAAAUGCCUUCGUGGAGUCAAAGACAAGCUACCAGCUGGGCGGUACGUACUGAUGGUGUCCUUGUAUAACCGCCUGGGUGGACAUUCUAUGCGAUGGUCAAAACUUCGAGGUCAGCAGUGGGGGGGUGCCACUCUCCCUCUCUUCCAUGAAGGCAACUUUCACAAUGUUGAGAUGAAGGUUGAGCAGAAUCUGUUUACUGUCUUACCUGCAAAAGCAUCUUUACGCCCAGGAAUGGUACUGAUGUUUGAACUCUUUCUGCUGCGUGGCUCAGUGGUCAACACCGACCACGUUGUAGGCUGGGGUGCCUUCCCCAUCUGUGAUGGACAAUUUGAGAUUGUGGAGGAAAGUGAGUACAAGUGUCCAAUGCUACGUGGUCAGAUGGAUGCAGACAUAUCAAAACAUGAAAAGAUUGAGGAGCUAAUGGCCUCUGAUUUGGAUCAUUGGUUGUGUAACCUGUACUUUCAUGUCAUUAAGCUUCCGAGGUACUUUGCUGGCCAGAAGGAGUAUGAAGUUGAGCUGCAGUUCACAUCUGGAUUAACGGGUCACCCAGAUCGCCUCAAGACUGGCUGGGAGGAAAACAAAGAUGGAGAGGAUCCUGUUCCAGGAUCUUCUUCAGAUCUUGGUUCAGACUCGGCCAGCCAGGGUAUCUCACAACUGAGUCUGAGCAGUACAGGAGAUAGUGGCAAUGCAAGUCUGCGCACAACCACUUCAACUGCUGCAAGAAUGCAAAAGACUCAGGACAAAAAGAAAAAGCCCUCGGCUGGAACAACAAUUCUUUCACGCAUCAUCAAUCGUGACACUCGCAGACUCAAAUUUGAUGACAGCUCUGAUGAAGAAGCAGAGACCUUGUCCAGAGACCCUCAUGACAUCUAUGCCCUUCAGAAAGAACGUGACUUUAAGCCUGUUCCUGGAAUGAAUGGCAUGUACUUACAAGGUAAUUUGAUCUUUGCCAAAUAACGGUACCUGAAUAAUCCAGCAGAUGCAUACUAUAAAAGAAUUUUUACGAUGCUACCACGGACGCAGUUGUUGGCACCCCAAAAGAAAGAACGCAGCUUAACUCAUCUGGAGGAACUGGAGCAGCACACCUUCUCUGUGCAGCCACCAUUUUCAACAAAAGGUCAUUUGGCCAGGAAAGGACGAGAGAAGAUGAACUACAUUGCACGCAUGUUUCUAGCAGAGUUGGGUCUAUCACAGUGGCGGAGUCAGGAGUUCUGGUUCAUGAUCCUGUUAUUUUUAAUCAUCUUCUGGCUUCGCCUUUAUCUGCACUAUGUUGGCCAGUGGCUCUUUCUGAACGCCAUCAGCAUUCCUGUUAACAAGUUCAACUUUCUGCCAUACACUGUUGAACUCAACUACCAACCCACUCUAAUGCGGACACGUGAUGAGAUUGCAGUGGUUGUGUUUGGCCCCCUGAUGGAUGUAGUGGCGUUUUCACUGCUAGUUGUUUUCAGUUGGCUGAGCCAGAAAAUCUUUGGCACAUUUCCAGACAUCUUCUCCAAGUUUGUCAUGGCGUUUGGCAUCAUGACCUUUUUUGACCCAUUAUUGAUCCUGGUUGUUGAUUGUGCUCAGAAGACUUACAUUGAUUCUGCAAUAAACCCCAUUGGAGACUUUGCAAAACUCUACUGGCACUUUUACCGCUCACAAGGAUCUGGACUGGCAGGGAUUUUCAUCACACUCUUCCUGUACACCUGCAUCGCUUUUAUUGUCUCCUCUAUUCUCUACAUGUACUUCCUCAGGCUGCACAAUGAAGGUCGAAUGUUGGACGUUUUUUGGCGCUUGCAUGGUGAGGAAGACCACUUCUUCCUGCCCUAUGACCUUGAACUUUCCAACCAGGAGCUGUCUUACCUCUGUCGUCGGGUAGAGCAGUGGAGAGGGGAAGAAGGGGAGAGAAGAAAGGUUGCAGUGUAUGACUAUAUCUGGGAGGAAGAGGAGCUGGACGAGGACACAUGGGAUGCUAGCCAGAAUGGUGACACAGCAGAGGAGCGACAGGCAGCCAAAGAAAAGCUCCGUCGAGAGGUGACCACCCAUGUCUCCAUUCACACUCUGCACCUGGAUGGACUGCGUGAACUGCAUCGUCACUUCCUGAGACUUCCAGAUGGUGCUGUGGUGGAGGUUUUUGGGGAUAUCACAGUGCCAGGAAUGGACAAAGAUGUGAAAAAGGCCCUCGAACAUGGAUCUCUAGGCCUAGAAGAUCUAUCAUCAUCACGCACGAGCUUACAAAGGAUUCGAAACUUGCGGGCCAGCAGCUCUCGCAGGACAUCUAGCAGCUCUGGGUCCAUUCCUAAGAAAGAUUUGUGAGAUGGCAUAACUCCUGUUGUGGAAGCAAGAAAUCCUGUGACGUCUGGGAGCCUUUACCUGUGCUUUGUUUCCCAGGAAUUCAGCCAUUUUGCGAUCAGAAAAUAUGUUACUGACCUUAUUCUUAUCUCUUCUUAGGACCUGACCUCUGACCAUGAUGCUUAAGAGAUGAGAAGCAUUGAGUGGUCCAAUGUAUCAGCCAUAUUCUUGAACUAUAAAUUUCUAGACAUCUUUGGAACACUUGAAUGUUUUUAUUUACCGUUACAUGUAAUCUCCCAGAAACAGCAGAAUCUCCCCUUUGCUAUUUCAUUAUCUACAAGAUUUUAGGAAUAAUCCAAUAAAAUGCAAGCAAAUACAUAAAAGACUGUUAUACAGAUAGUUAAAGAUACUCAAGUGAUGCAUGCUUUUCUUCUUUUGGGAAAAGGAUCCAAGGUUCCUUAUAUUGACAUGCAGUUUUGAUGGGACUGAUAUUAAUUAAAUCACUCAAAUCGUUGAGAGUAACCUUGAUAAGUGUUACUCCAAAGUUCUUCUAGCUGUGUGUUUGCCUGUUGUUCAAGGCUUGGCAUAUUUGUGAUGAACAUCCUUUUGACUGUGAUAAAAAUCUUUCCUUUGUCUUUCAUUCCUUAUAAAUGCAUAAAAUAUGUUUUCUUUAUAUCUUUUUAUAUCAUGACAAGAUUUAAGGUUACAGAGAUUAAAACAAUGAAAAUAAACUGUUAUAUUGUAGUAUCAUAAUAUAAAUGUUGUUCAAGAAACAGUAGUUUACAUUCUGUACUAAAUUUAUAUCAUUGGUAUCCUCACUUGCAAAGAAGAAUUAUAAUUAUUAUUGUAUAUAUAUACACACACACACAUACUAUUUGAGCAAGCUUAAAAUUAUCGUUCUUAUGUGUUUAAAAAAUAACAAUAAUCCUUUUUUUCAACUAUGUCAUAUGAAAACUAUCAUUUAGACAAUUGUUCAGAUGAGACAUAUUAGCAUUUUUUGUUUCACAUUUUUUAAGAAAAUUUUGUUAUCCUCAGCCAUGCAGUUGUGUCUACCAGACUUGCAUACACGGGAUGUUUGAUAUACGUGCGACUUUUUAUAUGCUGCAGGCAGCAAAUGUUUUGGAGAGAAAUGGGUUAACAAAAUGACAACUCUGUGACCUGGAAUUUUGAUAGUAGCUCUUGUGUGUACACAUUUAUUUGUGGGCACUUUAAUGCAUGAAAAGUAGACACAAACACUUACGAAACAUUAAGAUUAAAGCUAGAUUUUAGUGGACUACAAUAAAAGUCUAUAUAGGCUCCAAGCUGCCUAAAAAUAGCUGAAAUUGGAAAAUAUGCAAUACUCUUGGUGACAUUGUACAUAUUUUCAUGGUAGUUCAUUGCCACAGAUAUAGAUAGAUAAAUAAUUUUUGUGUUGUAUAUUUCAAUAUGUUCAAAGUGAAGAUUACAAUAAUAAACUAUUGUCUAUGAA